AUGGCUGGCAGCCGUCUUGGAUGGCGAGAGAUUGUCAAGCAAGUGGAUGUUUGGGCUGGACGCCUCUGGGCGCUGGUAUUCUGUAUUCUGGGCUGGAAGCUCGGACAGCCAGAGGCUGCGAACUCCGCCCGUUCUGCCCGGCAGUACACAUACAGUAUAUUGACCCCAGGCGGUCUGUAUAACACAUACUAG